UCCUCACAUGUGAUUAGUGGGUGUGUGUUGUCUUCUCCCCCUCAUUCAGUGCGACGUUUUAUUAAAGUUGUAAGAUGGCGACGGUGCAUCUGCGGAUCGGGGAUCUGGUGUGGGGGAAGCUUGGUCGUUACCCACCAUGGCCAGGGAAGGUCGUAAGCCCUCCAAAGGACUUAAAAAAACCCAGGGGCAAAAAAUGCCAUUUUGUGAAAUUCUUUGGAACUGAAGACCAUGCCUGGAUCAAAGUAGAACAGCUGAAGCCCUACCAUGCCCACAAAGAAGAGAUGAUCAAGAUAAAUAAAGGCAAGCGCUUCCAGCAGGCGGUCGAUGCAGUGGAAGACUUCCUGAAGAAAGCAAAGGGGAAAGAACAGAACUCAGACGGCAAAGGAGACUCAAAAGGAAAGAAGACACCCAACAAGCCGCUAAAAAUACUGGAGGAGGAUGAUGAGGACCUCAGUGCCCUGAAGGACCCCUCUGAGAAGGACUUAACUGACUCUGACCCCGAGCCGUCCACUCUUGAGAGGCUGGGGGUGGGACCUGGCUCAGGAUUCAAAUGGGAGAGCAGUCCUGUGAAGGACGACCCACAUUUCCAUCACUUCCUGCUCAGCCAGUCUGAGAAGCCAGCAUCAUCUAUGGAACCCAUUAGCAAGCGGCUAAAGAUCAUUGAUGAGGACUCAGGAUCAACAUCUAUCCAAGCAGCAGACAGCACAGCCAUCAACGGCAGCAUCAUACCCACAGAUAAAAGGAUAGGGUUCCUGGGUCUGGGGCUGAUGGGUAGCGGUAUAGUUUCCAACCUGUUGAAAAUGGGUCAUGUUGUCACAGUGUGGAACCGCACAGCAGAAAAGUGUGACCUGUUCAUCCAGGAGGGAGCCAGGUUAGGCCGGACUCCUGCUGAGGUGGCCUCCAUGUGUGAUAUCACUUUCUCCUGUGUCUCUGACCCAAAGGCUGCCAGGGAUUUGGUGUUGGGGCCCAGUGGAGUGCUGCAAGGGAUCAGGCCAGGCAAAUGCUAUGUAGAGAUGUCCACCGUCGACCCCGAGACCAUCACAGAACUGUCACAGGUGAUCACAUCGCGGGGUGGCCGUUUCCUGGAGGCCCCGGUGGCAGGAAGCCAGCAGCUCUCCAACGAUGGGAUGUUGGUCAUCCUGUCAGCCGGCGACAGGACGGUCUACGAGGAUUGCAGCAGCUGCUUCCAGGCCAUGGGCAAGACCUCCUUCUUCCUGGGGGAGGCAGGUAAUGCAGCGAGGAUGAUGCUGAUCCUCAACAUGGUGCAGGGCAGCUUCAUGGCCACCAUUGCAGAGGGGCUAACCCUGGCCCAGGCCACAGGCCAAUCACAGCAGACCUUCCUGGACAUCCUGUGCCAGGGCCAGAUGGCAAGCACCUUUGUGGACCAGAAAUGCCAAAAUAUUUUACAGGGCAACUUUAAGCCGGACUACUAUUUGAAACAUAUUCAGAAGGACCUGAGGCUAGCCAUCUCCAUGGGCGACAUGGCCAACCAUCCAACCCCAAUGGCUGCGGCUGCCAACGAGGUUUACAAGAGGGCUAAGGCACUGGACCAGUCAGACAAUGAUAUUUCUGCAGUCUACAGGGCCUACAUUCACUAGAGCGAGGUGUGACCUAUCCUCUGGACCACACCGUCUUUAAUCCCUUCUUAUUUCUCCCUUGUCUUUUUUUUUUUUUUUUUUUUUUUUAAUUUUAUUUUAAAUUCCAGUUGUUUUUAUUUCAUUUUGCCACAGCGCCAGCCAUGUUAGCUGCCCACGAGUCAAGGGGUUGUUAUUCCUUUGUUAGAGGCAACCGUGAGCAUUGCACUGACUGUACUGGGGGAAUAUUUGCUGUAAGAGUGCUCCAGAUCAGGUUGUACUACUGCAGUUUGGUUUCUGGCUACUGAAAUAUGGCUGAAGUGAUCCAGGGCGAGGAGGAUGAGGGGGUCCAGAGCCACUGUGAAGAGCAGGCUGUCCAGCCGAAACCAGAGAAAAUGCUGUCUGGUUUUGUGAAUGCAUAAACCAGAAAGAUCUUUAUUUGUUGUUAAUGUGCAAAUUAUGAGUAUAUUUAAUUGAGUGUGAUCUUUGCUUUUCUUUUAAAAUGUCCAGAAUUCCAUGAGAGAAAACACCAAGAACAUGCCACUGCAUUGCCUUAAUAUUGUAACCCCCCACAAGUCUUUCAAUUCUAGUAUUUAUUUAUGUUUCUCCUUUCUAGAUCGUCUUGGUGCAGUUUGACCAUGGCUUGUUUCUUUAUUUGACAAGAUGAUUUAUGCUUUUGCGUUGGUGUUAAUGAUUUUUAUUGACUGGGUUAAGGACAGAGCAACAGAUGUGUUGAGGCCUUUAAAAUGCAGUAAUAAUUGAUGAUUCUCUAAAAGGCUUGAGAUUUCCAUAUUUGAAACCAUUCAUUGUUGUGUUUUGGAAGAGUUCUCAUUUACACAGAUUUUCUUUUUUAAUAUAUUACUCUGAAACUAGAUUUAUCCACUUUUUGAGUUCCAUUUUAACUGAAUGUCAUAACUAAGCCCUGCGGUCGGUGCUGUUUUUACCUGGUAGUCAUGGAUUAAAGUUGUGGCGUGGUAUUACAGGAUGAUUUUCACCUUCAUGAGACGCAAGGACAGAGAUUUAAAAACCAGGCUAAUGAAGCUGCUUCAGCUGAGUUAGUGGUUGGAGAGUUUCAUUACUUAAAAAGACUGAAACUGAAAGCUGUAGAAUAAAUACAUCUUCAGCUCCACAGUCAGUAGCUGACUUUAGUUGGGAUCUAAUUAUUGAUACACUGUUACAUCAGUCUAACUGCAACACACACACACACACCCCUCCCUUCAGCUAAUCCCUUUUGGUUAAAAUGGAAAUGAAGUAAUUCAUGUCAACAUGGACUCCUGUUUUAUUAUUUAUUUCUUACAGCAGGUGGUCACAUGACGGGGCCAUGUUGACUGUAGUAGAGGUCUCCAUAAAUUCACUCUGUCAGUAAACAGUCUGGAACCGGACCCAUAAAUUGGCUCCAUAAACUGCUAUAGGGUCACGACACGAGUCAUUGUAUGUGUGUGCUGAUGAUUAACAAGCUACUAAAGACGUGUCAGAUAUGUUUGAGGUCUUUUAGAAACUGUCUGCAGUACAGAAUUUGUGCAUCAGAAAGCAUUGAAUAGUUUAUUCACUGUAAAAUGUCCUGCUCACUAUGUAAAGCCAACACAACGCUUCAAUAAACAAAUUUAAUGAAAAUAGGCAUUCUGGUCAAAAGAUGAUCUUAGCAGAAAUUUUCUAAUCACAUUUUUAACUUUUCAAAUGUCUGUAUUUGCCUCAAAAAUUCAGUAUGGGCUCAGGUUCUACUGGAUCCAAAUGAAUCAGGUCAGAUAGGAUCCAGUUCUGUUACUGCAGGUCGCAGGUCUACUGCAGGACUGUGUGUCAGCACGUCUAAUACUUAGGUGGAUCGGAGUGGACUCAAUUCUGCUAGAUCAAUCUGAGUAAAUGUGAAUUACAUGAACAAUGGCAUGUAUUGAAUGCUCUCUUUUUUUUCUUUUUACCUGUUCAUUCUGGAUCAAGCAUAAUUAUCAUUUUGUCCAUAACAGUGGGUCUCAUUUUGAAAAUGAGUUUAUGCAUGUUAGGUUAGGGUAGUUUUCUAUGGGUUCAUUUUGGACCUGUGGAGACCUCUACUACGUAGUGUCUCACACCCUACAUAGGUAUGCAUUAGAAAAUGACCAAUAUUAAAAGUCCAACAUAUGCAAAAGAAACAUGGCCUGGUUGUGCGUACUCAACCAGAGGUGUUGUAUAUGGGAGAAGGUGAAGUUGCUGAUUUCUCAGUAGAAGUCUGGUGACAGUUGGAGUGCUCCUCAUUCCACUGCACUAGAAACAGAUCAAACACCCUGUGUGAAAUUGAAGCUCAAAGCUUCUGCGUUAGCAUAUUUGUAGAGAUAGUUUUGGGUUUUAUGCCGUGCUCAUUUCCUUUUAGAUAUGACUGAUCUUACAGCAAAUUCAACUGCACAAGAAGGAUGUGGGUAAUCAUUUGUGGCUUUUAUUUGUCCCACAUGGUGUCAGGAAGUGCGUGCAGAGAGGGGCAAAUAUUACAGCAAAUUUAUAUCGUGAUUAGAAGGAGUACAUCAGUACGCAACCUCACCGUCACCAUCUGGGACAUGACACCAGCAUUCUGUUCUUCCACCAAAACCCAUACAGUGUGACUGGGAGACAGAAGCAGCACAGUGUCCUCCGUUACAAAUUCUCAUGGUGUAUUUAUCAGUUUAAACUGUAUAUGAAUAUGUUUUUCAUUCUACAAAAUACAUUUGGUUCAGUAAAGAAUCCAGCGUCCCAUUGUGAAAGAUUUCCUGUUUGCCAAACAAGUGAUAAAGGUUUUUGAUUUGCCCCUAACACACUGUAGUGUAAAGAAGAGUUUUUAGAAGACCGAUGUAAAUAGCAUAUUUAGGUUGCAUAGGGUUUCUUUUAUACCUACAAUAAGCAGGAUUAAUGAAAACAACUACUUUUGGUUUUGACUCUGCAGAGCGACUAACGUAUUUGUGCAUUAAUACUAUAGAUUGUUUAGUUCAAGUGUAAAUGGUUUAUUAAUAUGUGGUUUAUAUAAUCUGGCUUACUAUUGCAUUGAAAUAAUGACUUUGAUCCUGUUAAAGGAAGGAGGGUUGAACUUUGGUUUGGGGAUAUUUAUGAUUUUGUGUACAUGUGGAAGUAUCAAGACUUUUGUGCUGUUUAAUAAACCCUCUCCUGAUUACUGACAUGGGUCAUG